AUACAGUUUUUAUUUAUUUAUUUUAUUGCACUCAUUUUGUGAUAUUUUGUGGAUCAAAAUAUCGCAAUGUUCUUGAUAUUGAUGUAUUUUAGGUCUGUUAUGUGAGUCAGCUGAUUUUGGACGCCUAUCAAUAAAAAACAGUAGCUUUAAAAAGAGUCUGGAACGAUAACUAAUUUGAGAUUGUAUGUAGGAAGUUUUGUAAAGAUCUAACAGACAUGAUGGAAUGAGUCUAGAGAGCAACACGAAAGAGAAAAGGUGAUAUGAAGCUGAUUUACAUCUGAUAUUUUUCUUAAAAACAAAAACACAAUGAAAUGAAAUUGCGCACUAUGCAUGAAGGGGUUAAAGUCAGGAAGUGAGCACCUCCGCGUCGCAGGCUAUGUUACAACCACAGCUCUGGACCUGAGCACAUAAAUCCUUUUCUGAAGAAGUGGAGAAUACUGCUGAAGGAUUUGUGGUUUUUUUCUUUUUUUUUUUAUUGUGGAAAGACAUAUGGAAACGCCCUUUGAAGAGAACUGUUUGUAUUACACAAAUCAAGAACAAGUGGAUGAUCUAAAAGGAAGCACAAAAAUUUCCUCCAGAUAAGGUUUGCUGGAAUGGGUAAUCUUCUAAAAGUCCUUACAAGAGAAAUAGAGAACUAUCCACAUUUUUUCCUGGACUUUGAAAAUGCACAGCCCACAGAGUGUGAGCGUGACGUGUGGAACCAGGUGAAUGCCGUACUCCAGGAAUCUGAGAGCAUCCUGUCAGGCCUGCAGGCGUACAAGGGAGCAGGACAGGAGAUACGAGAUGCUAUACAGAAUCCCAAUGAUUUAUUGCUGCAAGAACGGGCUUGGACCUCCGUGUGUCCCCUCGUCAUCCGACUCAAAAAGUUUUAUGGCUUCUCACUGAAGCUGGAGAAAGCCCUGCAGAGCCUUUUGGAGUCUCUGACCUGUCCGCCUUACACUCCCACUCAGCAUCUCGAGAAGGAGCAGGCCCUCGCCAAGCAGUUCGCUGAGAUCCUGCAUUUCACCCUCCGCUUCGAUGAGCUCAAGAUGCGAAUACCUGCCAUCCAGAAUGACUUCAGUUACUACAGACGAACGAUCAGUCGAAACCGAAUAAAUAACAUGAACCUGGACAUAGAAAACGAAGUCAACAAUGAAAUGGCAAACAGAAUGUCACUCUUUUAUGCUGAGGCCACUCCGAUGCUGAAAACCCUCAGUACAGCGACUACAAACUUUGUGACCGAGAACAAGACGCUGCCCCUGGAGAACACCACAGACUGCCUGAGCACCAUGGCCAGUGUGUGCAAGGUCAUGCUGGAGACUCCAGAGUAUACGAGCCGGUUCAACAGUGAAGACACACUUCUUUUCUGCAUGAGGGUGAUGGUGGGUGUCAUCAUUCUCUACGACCAUGUGCAUCCCAACGGUGCCUUCACCAAGUCCUCAAAAAUAGAUAUGAAGGGAUGCAUAAAAGUCCUGAAAGACCAGCCAGCUGAUAAUGUUGAAGGCCUUCUUAAUGCCCUGAAAUUCACCACAAAGCAUCUGAAUGAUGAGUCCACGCCAAAAAAUAUCAGAACAAUGCUCCAGUAACCUACGUGUUUCUUUUUAAGUGAAGAGGAUCAGUGUACAGACCUCAAAAGAUGUAUAUGUUUACAAUUAUUUAAGAAAUUGAUGUUAAUACUUCUGUGUAUUUACAUAGCCAUUCCCUCAUUUUGCUUUAAAUUAAAUUGCCUAUACUCUGAAAGCACAAAUAAAUGAAACCGUAUAGCCUUAAAAAAAAAAAAAAAAAACAA